AUGUGGAAGACCUCGAAGGAGGAGGCGUUUGUGAGGACAAUAUCUUACGAUGGUGUGGAGAACCUGGUUGAUGAUGUUGUGGAUGACACAGAGGCUGAGGCAGGUAGUCAGGUACCAGAGACUCAGGUCCCAGACACUCAGGAAAGAGACACUCAGGCCACUGGUUCAGAACCUCAGCCCAGUGCACCAUCUUCAUCAGGCGUUCGGGGUGCCGAGUACACUGAUUUAGUGGCUCGGUUGGAUAGGAUCGAGGCUGACACUCAGGGUCUGUAUGCUGCUCAUGUCGAGCUGAAGAAGGCAUACGAGACCAGCCAUGUAGAGUUGAAGGGUGGUCAGAACGUAAUUAUGGAGCAGCUCAGACACAUAUUGGCCAUGUUGAAUCGUCCGCCAACGACAGCUUCAGCACCGGAGGCCCCAGCAGAUCCAUCUACCCCACCACCAGCUGCUUCACCCCCAGUAGAAGAGGAUGAGGUCUUCCCCGACGAUUACGAUCCUUAUGAGGGAGCUCCAGCGACUCCGAUCGAGGCACAACCUCUUAUCCAUGUACAUGACACCGAGUCGCGGGGGUGAGAUUCCGUCCAUAGAGGCACAACCUGCAGUGGUUAAGAGUCGGAAGAGGAAGAGAAAGCCUCCUGUAUGGUUCGGUGACUAUACGGAGAUGAAGAGGAGACAUAGGCCAUCUUCGACUUUUGAUCCCCUGGAGCCACCGGAUGAGAAAUUGUUAACCACUUUCCGAAAGUGGUGUGUUGGACUCAUUCCGAACCACCGACUUCGGGAUUUGAGAAGUGGUGAUUACGGUCCAGGAU